CUGGUACAUGCAACCCAUCAUAAACAUCUACGGAGUAUUUCCCAACGUAUUCAGGCUGGGGUUUUUUGGAUCAUAAGUGCAGAUAUGGGAUUAUAGAGCUUUCUAUCUAAAGGCAAAACACCGACACUGGAUGCUCCUCGACCCCUUGCCAUGAGCUCUCUGCGCGCCUCGGGCAAUUUACCCGGCUUGACCUCUGUCUGUCCCCUGUUAUCCAGAAGAAAGGCUUUACAUCCCACCGAAUUCCAACGCGUCUGUCGCGGCUCAAGCCGGAACGUCUCUUUGUUGCAUAAGAACACUGGCACCUGUCGCCGCCUAAGCUUCACUGGAGCAUGCACGCCGACCCCAGUCAACUCAAAGGCGUCAAAUGGCCGUGCCAUUGGCAGGCGCCUUAGCUCGAAAACUGUCACCCGAGGAUACAAGACCGCAGAAGCCGAUGGUCAGGCAGACUCAGAAUCAUUGAGUGGUUCAUCCCAUUCUCGACAGCUCAACUCAGGAACCGUCUCUGCAGUGUCCGAGGGUCCAACGAGUCAGGAAACCCAUCAUGUCCAGUCGCAAAUGAGAUGGGGGAUACCUCUUCGCGAGAGAGUCAAGGGGUUGAUGCGCCAUGUGCCCCAUCCUGUUGCCGUGAUUACCUCGACCGACACAUCCGUCAACGCCAACGGUGAUCCUUCUGCAUGGCGAGGAGCUACAGUAUCUUCGUUCAACACUGUGACACUAGAUCCGACCCCAAUUGUUUCUUUCAACAUCAAGCAGCUUUCUUCAACAUACGAGGCCAUCAGAGCCUCGGGCCUUUUCAACGUUCACCUGUUCCUCUGCGACCAUAUGGGGCAGAAAAUCGCCGAAAAAUUUGCGCGCGGCAACGCGUCUUCGCCCUUUCACCGGAGAGAUGGGACUCUGGCUUCGUUUGCGCGGUGGCGGUCGGACACAGCGCCGGCAUUGCGACCUAAUUCACCCCCAAUCAUUCAAUAUUUCCCGAAGUUUCAGAUAAAGUGCCGGUUCCUGUCCGAAAAAGCAGUGGAGAUUGGAGAUCAUAUGGUAGUUUUUGGAGAGGUCGAGCAUGUCUACGAUAGGUUGGAGGGCGUGGAUGGGUCGGACAUCUGUUUGUACUAUGUGAACGGCCGCUAUGCUCAAGGUCCCCUGGGAUCUACGCAUGGGUGGUGAAACAGAGGAGCCGAGAAUGGUAUUGGCUGUAUCUGCAAGAGCAAUCAGAACAGAGACGACUGACUGCUAACGGAUAGCAGUCUGGAAUAGUAAACUGCGGUGUAUAUUGUGUACUAGUAGUCUGAUAUCACAAGCUGCCGGCCUUGCCGCUAUUUGGAG